AAUUGGCUGUUGGAGAGCUCUUUUUCUCCAGCCAACAAAAAUAAAUCGAGAGAACAUAGCCAGUAGCCUGUACGUGCUGCGCGUCUUCCUCGCAUCCGUUUAGAGCUUUAGAACCAUGGAGAACCCCAGAGUUUUCUUUGACAUCACCAUUGACGGCGGGAAUGCUGGCAGGAUUAUAAUGGAGCUGCGAGCAGAUGUGGUCCCAAAGACUGCAGAAAAUUUUCGGGCGUUGUGCACCGGUGAGAAAGGAUUUGGUUUCAAAGGUUCCAGCUUCCACCGUGUUAUCCCCAAGUUCAUGUGCCAGGGUGGAGACUUCACCAACCACGAUGGAACCGGAGGCAAAUCCAUCUACGGUGACAAGUUUCCUGAUGAGAACUUCCAGCUGAAGCACAAAGGCAUGGGGACCCUGUCCAUGGCGAACGCCGGGCGCAACACCAACGGCUCCCAGUUCUUCAUCUGCACAGCCUCAACUGACUGGCUGAACGGGAAACACGUGGUGUUUGGCAGCGUUGUGGACGGCAUUGAUGUUGUCAAGGCGAUGGAGAAGCAAGGCACAAAGAACGGCACGCCUAAAGCCAAGGUUGUCAUUGCUGAUUGUGGUGAGUUAAAAUAGAGCAAGGCAGCUGUUUAGCCUGCUCUCUGUAAUGUAACCUUAGUGAAAUGCCCUCUUCCUAUUGAACUCAUUGUCUGCUUUGUGGGAUAUUUUGAUGCUUCUGUAAUCUUUCCCUGGAGGACAAUAUUUGUUAUGAAUGUCAGCCUAAAUAAUAAUGAUGACGUUAAUAAAACAGUUUAAAAUCCA